CAACAACAAUCCAAUCCCAAGUUAGAGAUCUCAUCUUCAUUCUAGCUCUCUGUCGUAUCCCAAUUCACAUCAAAUUCAAAACAUGGUUGAAGCAGCGCACAGGUAUGCUGUGGUGACCGGGGCAAACAAGGGGAUAGGAUUUGAAAUUUGCAAGCAGUUGGCCUCCCAGGGGAACAUAACUGUCGUCUUGGCUGCUAGGGAUCACAAAAGAGGCCUCGAAGCUGUCCGGAAAUUGAAACAGUUUAGCCAUGGCGACCAUGUAAUUUUCCACCAGUUAGAUGUCACAGAUUCAGCCAGUGUCGCUGCCUUUGCUGAAUUCAUCAAAUCCAAAUUCAGGAAGCUCGAUAUCUUGGUCAACAAUGCCGGAGUUUUUGGAGCCAACGUCGAUGGAGAGGCGAUGAGAGCUGCAGCCAAGGCCGAGGACAAAUCGAAGAUCAACUGGGGUGAGAUUAUAGUUGAGACCUACGACACCGCAGAAGCCGCUUUCCAAAUAAACUAUUACGGCGCCAAGAGGAUGGCUGAGGCUCUGCUUCCCCUGCUCAAGCUAUCCGAUUCCCCGAGGAUUGUGAACAUGUCGUCUGUAUUGGGAUUGCUUAAGAACAUACCUAAUGAAUGGGCGAAAGGGAUCCUCAGCGAUGUCGACAACCUCACAGAAGAGAAGCUCAAUGAGAUCGUGAAUGAGUACCUUAAAGACAUGAAAAAUGGCGUCGCCAAGGAGAAAGGCUGGCCUGCAAGUUCGGGUUCAUAUGUUGUCUCAAAGGCUGUCCUGACUGCAUAUACGAGGCUUUUGGCGAAGAACUCCGAUUGUAAGAUCAACGCCGUUUGCCCCGGAUACACAAUGACGGACUUGAAUCACCACAGCGGGUUCCUGACCGUGGAAGAAGGCGCAGAAAGCCCGGUGAGGCUGGCACUGCUGCCGGAGGACGAUGGGUCGACUGGAUUGUUCUUUGACAGGAAGGAAGUGUCUGAGUUCUGAGGACUCAAAUUGCAGAUGUUAUUGCAAGCUUUUUGUUAUCUGGUUUAGUUUGAUGUUUGGUUUCUUGUUUUUGUUGAUGUAAUAAUGUGUGAUCAAUUUUGGGAGUCUGAUUUGUGUGCGCGAAUCUGCUCCCAAUUAUGAUCAGUUUGGUGUUCGUUGUUCUUAUGUUGGCGUUGUAAUGAGUUUAAUUUAUUCCAUGUAAUGAAGAAACUUGUCGUCUGAUCCAUUUAUGGUUGUGAGA